ACUCAGCUCAACAGUCUCCAGUCUACCAACUGGUCUCUGUGAUAACUAUUUCAAUCAGUCUGUCCUGACUCAGCUCAACAGUCUCCAGUCUACCAACUGGUCUCUGUAAUAACUAUUUCAAUCAGUCGGUCCUGACUCAGCUCAACAGUCUCCAGUCUACCAACUGGUCUCUGUAACUUCAUCUUUGUCUCUGUGGUGUACAGUCUUCAGGUGAUGAUGGGGUUAUUGAAUCAUUUCUCUACUCUCCUCCUCCUCUCUCUCCUUCCUCCUGUUCUCUCUCAUGUAGUGGAUAAGUUCAGUGAUGUUCCACAGUGCCAGAAGUUCUUCCUGGAGGGGACAACUCCAAAUCUCCCAGGUAUUUUGGUUUAUGGGACAGUCAAGGACCAGAACCGCUACAAGCCGAUCUGCCAGUUUUACCAGGACACCUACAGGUUUGCAACUCUCUACGACACGACCAACAAGAUCCCUGUGUUCUCAGCCUACACCUUCACUGGUCCUCCUACAGACCCCAGACCAAAAGAUCCCUGGAUGAUGGAGCCCCAGCUCGACGGGAUCGACCGCCCUGAAAUGCAGAGACAAGAUGGAGGCAGUUACGAACACCAGGCUGACCAAAACGACUAUAGAGACUCACAAAAUAAAGGGGUGAACAGAGGUCACCUCUUCCCAAAUUCACAUGCUCAUAACCUUGAUACUCAGAAGUCCACAUUUACCCUGACCAACAUCGUUCCCCAGGUGGUGUCCUUCAACGGGGGCAGCUGGAGAAAAAUGGAGGAACAUGUCAGAGAAAAGCUGAUGACGGACUGUAUUAAUAACAACAGGAAUAUAGAGGCCCAUGUGGUGACUGGAGCAGUUCCCAGCAGCAGCAACAAACUGAACAAAAAAGUGAACAUCCCAGAUCUCAUGUGGACAGCCUACUGCUGUUACAACAACAAGAAGAAAGAGUGGGUGGCCAAAGCACACUGGGGUGAGAACAAAGAGGAGGACAAGGAGAAAACAUUGAAACCAGAAACAUUGGGAGCACUCGAAGACAUGUUGAACAAACAUUACCAAGGUAAAGAUGGUCCUGUCAAGGUGUUCCCAGGAGAUUGUCCAAGAUAUACUUAACCUACCACUUCCUCCUAACCUAGUUGGAAGAAUUUAUUCCGUAGCGAGGAAUCUUUACAAUUCCAUGAGAAAUAGUUCUGGAAGGUUCUUUGGAUGAUCUGGGUACAGAUGCUCUCACCAUAUCAACAAACUAUCAUUACUGUUAGAGUAAUGAUUAUCAGGGUUAAAUUGGUAAUGAGGGUAUAUAAUGGUAAUGAGGGUUAAAUUGGUAAUGAGGGUUGUAAUGGUAAUGAGGGUUGUAAUGGUAAUGAGGGCUGUAUUGGUAAUGAGGGUUGUAAUGGUAGUGAGGAUUGUUAUGGUAGUGAGGGUUGUAAUGGUAAUGAGGGUUGUAAUGUAAUGAGGGUUGUAAUGGUAAUGAGGGUUGUAAUGGUAAGGAGGGUUGUAAUGGUAAUGAGGGUUGUAAUGGUAGUGAGAGUUGUAAUGGUAAUGAGGAUUGUAAUGGUUAGAUGUCAGCUUAUAUACACUUUCAAAUGUAAUAUUUUUCUCUUCUAUGUCUAUAUAUAUCUAUACUCUUCUCUCCCCUCUCUACCCAUCUCUUCUAUGUCUAUAUAUAUCUAUACUCUUCUCUCCCCUCUCUACCCAUCUCUUCUAUGUCUAUAUAUAUCUAUAGUCUAUGCUCUUCCCUCUCUGUCCAUCUCUUCUGUCUAUAUAGAUCUAUAGGUUAUAAUCUUCCCUCUCUGUCCAUCUCUUCUAUGUCUAUAUAUAUCUAUAGUCUAUACUCUACCAAAAAUAAAAAUAGAUACUAUUAUAUGUUCUGAAUGUAAUUCGAUCACUGUUACCAUGGAGAUACUAUUAUAUGUUCUGAAUGUAAUUCUAUCACUGUAUGUAUCCAUCUUCUUCCCAUCUGAAGGAAUAAACAUCUAUAAUGAAUGAAGCCUGUGAGAGUCUG